CUCCACGACCAUUGUCCCCGGCGAACCAACAGCGCUCGACGACGGCGAUGGCGCUCAAGGCCUCCUUCGCCGGGGAGCUCGCCGGAGCAUCCUCCUUCCUCGACUCCGGCAGCAGGGGAGCUUCUUUCCGCCACCGCAAAGUGGACUUUACGUUUCAAAGGAGGGACAAGAGAGCAGCCUCACUGAGAAGGACAUGUUGUUCAAUGCAACAGGGCCCACCACCGGCCUGGCCUGGUCGAGCUGUUGCUGAACCUGGGAGGAAGACGUGGGAUGGUCCGAAGCCUAUCUCAAUUGUUGGUUCAACUGGCUCCAUAGGGACACAGACGUUGGACAUAGUUGCGGAGAAUCCUGAUAAAUUCCGAGUUGUUGCUCUCGCCGCUGGCUCCAAUGUGACCCUUCUUGCUGAUCAGGUGAGAAGGUUCAAACCAAAUCUGGUUGCCGUAAGAAAUGAGUCAUUACUUAAUGAACUAAAGGAAGCCUUAGCUGAUUGUGAUGAGAUGCCAGAAAUUAUUCCUGGGGAGCAAGGUGUCAUAGAGGUUGCCCGCCACCCAGAAGCAGCUACAGUUGUUACCGGCAUAGUAGGCUGUGCAGGACUGAAGCCCACAGUUGCAGCAAUUGAAGCUGGCAAAGAUAUAGCAUUGGCGAACAAAGAGACACUUAUUGCAGGUGGUCCUUUUGUGCUUCCUCUUGCCCACAAGCACAAUGUGAAAAUACUUCCUGCUGAUUCCGAGCACUCCGCAAUAUUUCAGUGCAUACAAGGCUUGUCUGAAGGAUCACUUCGUCGCGUUAUUCUCACUGCAUCUGGUGGUGCUUUCAGGGACUGGCCAGUUGAGAAGCUGAAAGAUGUAAAAGUUGCCGAUGCUUUGAAGCACCCAAACUGGAGUAUGGGGAAGAAAAUCACAGUAGAUUCUGCUACUUUGUUCAACAAGGGGUUAGAAGUAAUUGAAGCACAUUAUUUGUUUGGUGCUGAAUAUGAUGACAUUGAGAUUGUAAUUCACCCACAGUCUAUCAUACACUCUAUGAUUGAAACCCAGGAUUCAUCUGUCCUGGCUCAGCUGGGAUGGCCAGAUAUGCGGUUACCAAUCCUGUACACCUUAUCUUGGCCAGACAGAGUGUAUUGCUCUGAGGUGACUUGGCCCCGGCUGGAUCUUUGCAAGCUGGGCUCACUGACAUUCAAAGCUCCUGACCAUGUGAAAUAUCCAUCAGUGGAACUUGCAUACGCGGCUGGGAGAGCUGGGGGCACCAUGACAGGAGUUCUGAGUGCUGCUAAUGAGAAGGCUGUGGAGAUGUUCAUCGACGAAAAGAUCAGCUACCUGGACAUCUUUAAGGUGGUGGAGCUCACCUGUGACGCGCAUCGCAACGAGCUAGUGACCAGCCCAUCGCUGGAGGAGAUCAUACAUUACGACCAGUGGGCGAGGAGGUACACAGCAAGCCUGCAGGCAUCCUCUGGUCGGAGCCCAGUGCUUGCAUAAGGCCCCCAUUUGGAACGCGGGACAUUUACACAGUUCUCACCAGAACCUAGCUUGCGUAGCUACCACCAUGACCAUGGUGUCCAGCAGGUCUAGAAGAUGAUGAAAUAUGGGUAGGUGGGCACAGAAGAUGUACAUUACUCCCUGGCCUUUGGUAAAAAAAAAUGGGUCAUUGGGAAGCUUAGAUCACGAUUUAUCAACAGGGCAGGCAUAGGUUGCCUAACUAAAUGUAAAUCAUGUCUUUGCAUGAAUAAGUCAUGACUAUUCCAUGUAAAUUUUGAUGGAUCAAUCGAUAAAAGAUUUGAAAGAGUAUGAAUCAAACGUAUCCCUGCAGUCAUUUUGUGAA